AUGGCUCUCCAGGCAUUGCGCGAUGAGCUGGUCUACUACUAUGGCUACACUCAAGGCCGAGCCUUCUCUGUCGGUGACCUCUUCUCGAGAACAUCCGCCAAGCUCCUUUCACAAGUUUCAUCUUUGAUGACCAUACCGCUGCCACUGCUAUCCUUCCUUGCUGUCCCUUUCUUUGGCUCUUCUUCGACUACCGUCAGCCUUGCUUUCUUCCUCCUGACUUGGGUCACUCUGGUGUCGACCCACGACCCGUUGUAUUUGGAGCUCAUUGGUACUCUUAUCAUCAAGAUAAUCUUCUUCGUGCUUCCCAGCUUGGCUGUCCUAGGCUUCGACUCCUUGAUCCCCAGUCUCUCAGCUAGCAUCAAAUCUCGUGGUGCUGCACAGCUUCCAACCCAGCUCAGCUCUCGCAAACUGAGAAAUGUCAUUUUUGUGUCUGUCUUCAAUGUCGCCUUCUCAGUUCUGGUCCAGGGCCUAUGCGAUUUUGUUCUGACCGAAGUGCUCAACAUUCGUUCCGCUAUUCGCGUGAGCAAGAUUCCGCCUGCACCUUGGCCGACCAUGGUCAAGGAAGUGCUGUAUGGUCUCGUCUGUCGUGGGUUUUUGCAUUAUUUUAUACAUCGCAAUGUCUUGCAUGCUUCACCAAGAGACUCGGUCCUGUCUCGCUGGCAUGCCGACUGGGCUCACAGCUUGAAGCAUCCUUUCUCUCUCGCCUCUGCAUACGAUCAUCCGGUCUGCCAUCUCCUUACUGAUUGGGCACCUUUAUACCUGACGACACUCUUCUUCCGCUUCCAUGUGCUGUCAUGGUACAUUCUGACCGCCAUCGUCAGCCUCGAACAAUUCUUUAUCUAUUCUGGAUACUCGGUACUGCCUUCGCAGAUACUGCUAGCUGGCAUGGCCAAGAGAACAGACUCUCAUUAUGCCACUGGAGGUAAAGGCAAUUAUGGCAGAUGGGGUGUCCUUGAUUGGAUCUUCGGAACUAGCUGUCCCGGUGAUGCCGAUGUUGUUGACGAUUUCCAAGAAGAAGUGGGCAGAAGAGAUAUCAAACAACAUGCAUCAAACAUGAUAGGACGCGCAGGAGAAACCCUCAGGAAGGAUUAUGACAGUGGACGUAGAAGCUCUUCUCAAGGUCGAAGAAGAAGUAAGAGACAGGCAGCAUAA